CAGCUCCCAAGUUCAAAAUUGUGAUUGUGGCAGUACUAUAACUUGUGUGUGCCUCCAACACAAAGAGAAUUAAUCAUGUUGAGAUCCCAGGACUACCACUCCCAUAUUUCCCAAGUUUCAAGGUCUCCUAGUGUUCUCACUGACGUUCCUCAGUACCCGAAUGCUCAUCUGGCCUUCAACAAGAGGACCAUUUAUGAGGAAGAGUGUGAAAGAUCACCUGGCCUCCACCACCGCCACCACAACCCGGAGACUCGUGAAAGGGUUGAAGUGAUGGAGUAUGAGCAAGUGCCUAAGGUUGGUGCUGGUGAAGUCAUCUAUGAAGAGAACGUGGUGGAUUAUGAAACUGAUAAUUACCGUCCCAUAAGGAAUAGGGGUGGUCUUGAAUUGCACAAGUGGAAGACCUACAGGCCAUGAUCAGCUUGUAAUCCAUCUUCCCUCUUGCUACUUUAAUUUGCUAAGCAGCUGCCUGCCUCAUGUAUCAUGAUCACCGGUGUGCUUGUAUUAAAUAAAUAAUAAUGAAAUAAAUCCCUGCUUAGCUAAGCCACCUUUAUGUCAUAAAUCACGUGUCUUGUUAAUAAACCAUAUAUGUUGUUUAAA